AUGGGUUUCAGCAGAGCAUCAUUGGGCUUUCUGGGCCUGUUUUUCAUGGCAUCGUCCAUCUUGCUAAUCUUCCUUACUCUACUGGGAGGUGCACGCAACAGCAACCCGCUGAAUCAGAUCUACUUCCUCCAGGCGGAUACGGGGAAUAUACCCAACGCACCGCCAAUUUCGCGUUGGACAUUCUGGAAUGUCUGUGGAGUGAAAAAUGGUAGAAAUGACUGUGGUACAUCGCACCCGGAUUUCCCAUUCGACCCGCCAAGCCACCGUAACUUCGACACGACCCAAAAUGUCCCCCCAGAGUUCAUCGGUACGAACCACUACUUCUUGACAUCGCGGUUUAUGUUUCCCUUCAUCAUCAUCGGUCUCUUCUUUGCUGUGUGCUCUCUGUUCACUGGGUUGCUGGCCAUGUGUACCCGCAUCGCCAGCUACCUCUCUGCUUUCCUGGCUUGGAUCGCUCUGACUUUCCAGGUCAUUACGACCUGCCUCAUGACCGCCGUCUUUGUCCAGGGCCGCAGCGCAUUCAAGCGUAAUGGCCAAUCCGCAACCCUCGGUGUGAAGGCAUUCGCUUUCAUGUGGACUGCAUCUGCCUGUCUGUUCCUUUCAUGUCUGCUGUACUGCCUCGGGGGUGCUGUUGGCCGGAAAGACAACAGUGGAUACAGUGGACGCAAGGAGCGCCGCCGUGGCUUUUUCUCUUCUCAACGCUCUAACAGUGUGAAGAGCCAAAAGAAGGAGACCACAAACUACGCUUAA